AAUUUUGAGUGCCCGCCGUUUUCAAGAAGACUUAUUUGUGAGACAGCAUAGGCGUGUAAAUCGCUAAAUCCCAAAUUAUAACGACUGAUAAUCGUACAUGGCAGAUGGCGUCAGGCAAGGCCCCACUAUCUCCAAAUGGAGACGAUGCAGACGUGUGUCUAUUUGGUAGUGAUGAGAAUAUCCCGAUGAACAUUGACCAGCCUUUACGGCGUCACCUGGCAAGCGAAUUUACAACCGUGGUUAAACCAUCGGAGGAGGAAGUUGAUGCACUAGAUUCGACUUCUGCAAAUUUGCAACCGGGUCAAGAGCACAUGAAAGUAUUUCUGCGUAUAAGACCCUUCACGGAAAAUGAAUUGAGACAAAAGGAGUCGCAGAACAUAUUAAAGGUUGACAAUUCAAACGUCCUAUCAGUGAAUGCUCCUAAGGACUCAGUGACAUAUAAGAACUACCAACAUGGAGGCGGCAGAAUGACCUACAAGUUCACCUUCUCCAAAAUAUUCGGACCAGAAUGUUCGCAGAAGACACUUUUUGACGAGGCGAUGGGAGGCAUAGUGAAAGAUACCGUAGAUGGACAGAAUUGUCUGCUGUUCACAUAUGGUGUAACCAAUGCUGGGAAAACCUACACCAUACAAGGCAAUCAGAGUGAUGAGGGUAUCCUCCCUAGGUCACUGGAUGUCAUCUUCAAUAGCGUCGUGGACAAGCAAUACGAGUCCAUGAAUCUGAAGCCGAGAUGUUUCCAGGAUGUCGUUAGACUCAGUGAAGAACAGGAAGCGAGUGAGGCAGCGUUUAAAAGAGGAAUCCUGCGAAUGGCAAACAACGAUGAGCCGGAGAGUUCGGUGCUGAUAGCCACAUCGACACUAGGAGGCAGUCAGAUGACUCUGAACAGUACCAGUGACCUAUCGUCUACCAGUGCUGCCAGUCAGAUGCUGGAUGUGACAAAGAGCAGUGAUGUGACGCAGCUGCUAGGUGAGGUUGAUAGUGUUCUUGAAGAGGCCAGAGUGAGCGUGGAGACACAGGGACAGAUCCGAUUCUCCAUCUGGGUUUCCUACACCGAGAUAUACAAUGAACUUGUGUACGACCUCCUCGCUCCAAUGGCAACCGGCAUGGACAGGAAGAGACCUUCACUCAAGCUGGCGGAGGACAAGUCUGGCAAUGUUUACGUGAAAGGCCUAAAAGAAGUCAAAGUUAAUAGUGCAGAUGAAGCCUACAAAGUCCUGUGUAUAGGGAAAAAGAACCUUCAAGUGGCAACAACGAAGCUGAACCAUAGUUCCAGUCGAAGUCACUGCAUUUUCACAGUGAAGAUUCUGCGAGUUGUAGAUAAGGAUAGACCACAUGUCUGCAGAGUCAGCAAGCUGUCCUUUUGCGAUCUCGCUGGUUCAGAACGAUACUCAAAGACACAGAACACAGGUCAGAGAUUAAAGGAGGCUACUAAUAUCAACACAUCACUGCUAACUCUCGGUCGAUGCAUCCACUCACUGCGAUUCAACCAGCUACACAAAGAUCAUCCAAACAUGGUUCCGUACAGAGACAGCAAGCUGACUAAGCUGUUACAGAGCUUCUUCAGUGGUAAGGGCAAGGCUUCGAUGAUCGUCAACGUCAGUCCGUGCGCCAGCUACUUUGAUGAGACGUUACACGGCCUGAAAUUCUCUGCCAUUGCCAAGCAGGUCACAGUGCAGCAGGUAAAGGAACCAGAGAUGAAACCUCCGAAGAGGCCGUAUCGUCAUCGUUCUAGCAAGCCGGCGAAGAUAUCACUGAUGCUUAAGGCAGCGCCGCCGCCGCGCACGCGUGAGACCCUCGCCUGGGAGGAAGCGCCCGCUGCCAAGCGCAGGCUGCAGGAAGCUGCGAAAAUACCGCUGCCCGAGGAUGACGACGAUGACCUGGAUGAGGAGGAGGAGGAGGAGGAAGAGGAUAACGAUGAGGAGAAUGAGGAGCUCAGGGAGCUGGUGGCGCAGCUGACGCAGCAGCUGAAGGAGGAGAAAAAGAAGCUGCUGCUGACGGAGACGCGCAUUCGCGAGGAGGUGUCGAGCGAGUUUGCCGCGCAGCUCAUCGACAUCGAGAACCAGCGCGCGGAGGACAUGCGCGAGGAGCGCCACGCAGCUGACGAGUAUGCAGAGAAGAGACUGGAGUUGUUCUCGCAGUCUGUGAAGAAAUCCCGAAAGCGAAUGAGGAUCAGGGACGAUGAUGAUGAUGACACAGCACUAGGAGCGCAGCUUCAGCUUGCGAACGCUAAAGCUCAGGAGCAGGACAGAGCGUUGGACGAGCUGCGUGAGCAGCUGAGGGAGGCAUCUUCAGACAUAGGCAAGCUGAAGGGGGCGCUGAAGGCAUCCGCCUGCGAACGCGCAAAGACCAUCGAGGAAAACUCCAAGCUCCAGUUCCGUUUGUCGGAUGCAAACACCACCAUCGGGCUUCUGCAGGAGAAAGAGCAAAUGCUUGAGGUAGCUGAGGCAACAGUGUGUGACCUGCAACAGCAGCUGAUAGAGACGUCACAGCUAGUCACGGCAAACGCUAGCGCUAGCAACGAGGUGUGCAAGCCGCAAGAGAAGGACAGCUUGAAUUCAUCUUCUGACUCCUUCCUGCACUCAGAGAUUGUCAAUCAGCUACAGAAGCAGCUGGAGGAAGCCAGGGACAAUGUAGAGCGUCAGGAAGCAGAGAUAAAGGAGCUUAAUGAGAUGCUAGAGGAAGCUGGUGAAACCUUUGAACAGAAGGAAGAAGAGAUCGGGAAACUUAAAGCUGCCCUCAGUGAGCCAGAUGAAAAUGAGCAGGCGUUGGCAGAAUUGGCUCAGCUGUCGGAGGAGAGCAAGCUCGCGUUGCAGGAAGCCAAGGAGAUGCUCGGCAGUCGAAACAACUACAUCCGCGAGCUGGAGGCCCAGCUACGCAGGCUGCAAGACACGCAGGAUCUCGCGGGCGAGAAGGUGAAGAUAUACGAACGCAUGACGAGCAAAAUUCUCGCGCUGGAGGCGCAAUGCGCGAUCGUGACGAAGCAACGCGACGACAACUCUGCCGAACUCGCCGCCUUGGUGGCCGAGCGAGACCGGCUGCAGGAACAGCAGGUGGCGCUGCUCGAGCGCGUGGAAACCGCAGAGGCACGACGCAACAGCAUGCAGCGCCACCUGGACUGUGAUGCCGUAGCGGCGGGAGACGAGGUAGGUGAGAGAGCUGUGGACGUUAACGUUGCCGUGGAAGCGUUGCAGACGAGCAAGGACACCCAGGGGGCGCUGGUGGAGUCCCUGCAGACGGAAAUGACGACCAGGCGAGCGGAUGUUGAGAGACUGGAGGCGGAGCUACGAAGCUGUGUGGAGCGACAGUCGGAACUCGAGCGAGAAACAAGUGAGCUGUCGAUUGCCAAGGAAUGGUUAGAGGCUGAAAACCGGGAGUUGAGACAGGAGAACGAGGCUUCUCUCCAGAAGGUGUCUCAACUCACGCAGGCAAACGAGGCUUCUCUCCAGAAAGUGUCUCAACUUACACAGGAGAAUGAACCUUCUCUCCAGAAAGUGUCUCAACUCACGCAGGAGAACGAGGCUUCUCUCCAGAAAGUGUCUCAACUUACACAGGAGAAUGAGGCUUCUCUCCAGAAAGUGUCUCAACUCACACAGGAGCAUGAGGUUCAUAAAGAAAAGGUGGCUCAACUCACACAGGAGAACGAGGCUUUUAAAGAGCAGGUGUCUCAACUCACACAGGAGAACGAGACUUCUAGCGAGAAGGUGUCUCAACUCACACAGGAGAACAAGACUUCUAAAGAGCAGGUUUCUCAACUCACACAGGAGAAUGAGACUUCUAGAGAGAAGGUAUCCCAACUCACACAGGAGAAUGAGACUUCUAGAGAGAAGGUGUCUCAACUCACACAGGAGAACAAGACUUCUAAAGAGCAGGUGUCUCAACUCACACAGGAGAACGAGACUUCUAAAGAGCAGGUGUCUCAACUCACACAGGAGAACGAGACUUCUAAAGAGCAGGUGUCUCAACUCACACAGGAGAAUGAGGCUUCUAGGGAGAAGAUGUCUCAACUCACACUUGAAACUGAGACUUGUAGGGAGAAGGUGUCUCAUCUAACGCAGGAGAACGAGGCAGUUAGAGAGCAGCUGUCUCGUCACGAGCGAGACGGGGAGGCAGAGAUCGAGACGCGAAUACGGGAGCUCGAGACCCGAGUACAAGAGACAGAGGACGCGCGGAGACGGGACAGAGUGGAGGGCGAGCAGGAGAUCAUGGGACUGACGGAGGAAGUUGAGAAACUGACAGAAGAGGGGGAGAGACUGCGUGCAUGCGUGGCACUGGUUGAGGAGGAGAGAAAAGACUACAUGGAGGAGGGGGAGAGAAUGCUUGCGUGUGUAGCACGGGUGGAGGAAGAAAGAGAUGGGUGCAGAGAGGAAGGAGACAGACUGCAGGCCUGUGUUGCGCGGCUGGAGGAAGAAAGGGACGAGUGCAGGGAAGAAGGAGAGAGACUGCAAGCGUGCGUGGCGCGGGCAGAGAAGGAGAGAGAUGAGUGCAGGGAGAGGAUGGAUGUGGUGCGACGAGAGAUGCAGACACAGGCACAGGCGUGGAUCGAUAGCGAGAUGAAAGUCACCACCAAGGUGCAGGAGCUGCUGGCAAAACUAGGAAACGAAAGGAAGGCAAACGCUGAUGCCGAAGUGCAGAAGUGCGAGAUGGAGAAGAAGUUGGAAGUCCUUCGACAAGACGCGGCAGAGAAAGAAAAGCUGGAGGAAGACAACCGGCAGCUUUCGAGCGAAUUAGCAGAGAUUAAAAAUGCAGUUGAGCAGUUUCAAAGGAAGAUAACCGAACUUGAUGAAACAAUCGAAGCAAAAGAAGCCACUCUAAGGGAGCACGUAUCUACGAUGACUACCCUUCAGCAACAAGUGCAUGCACUGCAGAAAGCUGCUGAAGAGAUGGAGGUUAAACUGAGAGAGAAUGUGAGCAUGGGUACAGACAGGGCUGAAGGUUUAAGCCAGAAUAUAACAGACCUUAUGGAAGACGUUAAGGUGAAAGACUCUACUCUAAAGGAGCAGGCCUCUACCAUUACUGAGUUGAAAACCGAGGUUGAUGUUCUGCAGAAAUGUGUUGAAGAGAAGGAGGUUAUCCUGAGCGAGAAGUGCAAAGCUGCAAACACUGCUGAAGAUUUAAGCAAGCAGAUCGCAGACCUUAUGGAAGUGGCUGAUGUGAAGGCGGCAACUAUAAAACAGCAUGUGUCUGUAAUUGCUGAGCUUAAACAGCAGGUAGAAACUCUGCAAAAAGAUGUGGAAGAGAAAGAGGUCAGGAUUAGAGAGAAUGCGAUCCUGGGAACAAACACAGCAGAAGAGCGCAAGAAAAAGAACGCAGAUCUUAUGGAAGAGAUUAAGGUGAAAGACUCGAGUCUAAAGGAACUCGCUUCUGCCAAUACUGAGCUGAAAAACCAGGUUGAAGCUUUGCACACAGAUAUAAAGGAGAAGGAGGUUAGCUUGAGAGAGAGCAAGACACUUAUGCAAGAACAAGUUAUUGCCAGGGAAGAAAUCGGCAAGAAAAUGGAAGUCUUGCAGAUGGAAAUAGAUGCAAAUAAAAAUAGCGUAACAGGGAAAGACGAGGAAGUUCGGAAAUUGCUCGCCACAAGUAACGACCUUCGUGCACAGUUAGAAAUCUUGCAGAAGGAAUCCGGCGAAAAGGAAGCUAGCUUGAGGGAGGCGAUAUCUGUGGCAGAUGUUAUUCAGAAGCAAGUGGAGGAGCACGAAGCUAAGCUAGUUCAGGAGAAUACCGAUCUACUCGUGAAAGCCUCUACAGUUGAGAAGCUUCAGUCGCAGCUGGAGUGCCUGCAGAGAGGGGCAGAGAAAAACGAGGCGACGUUGAAGGAGAAGGACGAAGCUCUACAGGAGAAGGUUUCCACGGUAGCAGAGAUGCUUAUGGAGAAUCAACAACUAGAGGAUCGACUGGCAGAGAUGAAGUGUGAGCACGACAAGGCCCGUUGCACCGUGGAGGAACUCGAGAGCACGACGGCAACGCUCGAGCGAUCGCAGAACAGACUGACGGAGGAGAUCGGAGGUCUACGCACGGAGAUCGAGGGCAAGAAGGCGGAUGUGUCGGGCUUGCAGACGCUCGCGGUCGAGCAAGAGCAGACGAUGGAAAUGCAGGAGAAGGCGAUCAACGAUAAAGCCGCCGACAUUAAGAGGCUACUCGAUGAGCUGGGCAGCGUGACUGAGAAGUAUGAGCAGCUGCAGAAGAGGCAGACGGGCCGGGAAGCUGCUGCCAGCAAGUCGUGUCAGCUAUGCCGUGAACUGCAGGUGGCCCUAGACGACAACAACAAGGAACUGUCUGAGCUGGAGCAUCUGUAUUCAGUGAGCAAGAAGGAGCUUGGGGAACUGCAGGAGAGGAGGGAGAGUGACGCAGCAGAGAAGCUGAGCGGUCUAAGCGAGGAGUUGGCGGGGAAGGAGAAGGAGCUGGAGGCACUGAGCAGAGAGCUGCGCACCAAGCAACGGCAAAUAGAGAAGCUGAGGGAAGACUUGGAUAAGUUGCGCUCGCAGGCGGGGGAGAAGGAGGCAGAGCGUGAUGCCACGCUACAGAAGUGGAAGGAGGAGAGGAACGAACUGGUAGGUAAACUGGAGACGGUGUUGAAGACGCAGCAGGCAGAGCUGAGGGAGCUGAGAGCAAGGCAGAAGGAGACCGAGGACAAUGCGCAGCAAGACAAUGCGCAGCAAGACAAUGCGCAGCAGGAGAAGCCGGAAGUGGUGGAAGCUACGGAACAGCCGAGUGAGGAUAAUAAUAUUGAAGAGAAGGAAGAGGAUCGGUUAGAGAUAGACGUAACACCUGUGCAGGCCCAGCGGCCCCGCAAGCAACGCACGCGGAAAAAGAGAAAGUCCGAGGAAAUAGAUCCGGAUUUCAGUGGCGUUCGUAGAUCUACUAGGAGUAGACGAACAACGAGACAAUCGACCAGAGCCUCAUCUUCUCCUACGACCACUACUGCUGCUGAUGAUGAUCACAUACAAAACGAGGUUUGUGUGGAAAAUACAACAACAGACAGUAGCAACGUGUUUGAAGUGGAGAGCUCAGCUGCUUCUACCACUCGGUCAAGCAAGCGGAGGCGCAAACCCCUGUCUAAGAUCGCCGAAAUAUUGCACAACAGUCCUGUGAACAAGACAGCUAGGAAAGUAAUGGAUUUUGCCCACAACUUAAUUUCACCAGAGAAAGACAAAGGGAAGGAAUUUGCUUCGCCUGAGCUUCCUUCUCAGACGACUGUAGGCAAGAAGAAAAGGAAACUCUACAAUGCAUCAUCAUCCACUCCACUGGAAAUGUCCCCCAUGGUGUUUCUUGACCAGCCAGAAAAAACUGAUGCUCACCAGAUUUUGAAGCAGCGCCUGAGAACGAGAAAAAGGUAGUCUACACAUCCACGCCAGAGUUUGCAAUGAAAGAAGUCCACUAUUGCGUAAUUGUGUGCGUGCGUGCGUGCAUGCAUGUGAGUGACACACCUUCAUCAGUGUGUGGUAGUUUUUCUUUGUAAAUGUAAGCACCGCGGCUUUGUGGGUAUUUGAUACAGCGCAAAAGCAAUGCCUGAUGUGGCAGAUGUGAUUUCGCCGUGCUAGGACACCUGUAGGAGAACUUGUUUAGUGACUAGCUAUAUUUUUUCUUUAGAAAACUGUCUAUAGAAUUAUGUAUGACACUUUUAGACUAGUGUGUCUAUAGGUUUAGAAGAGCUAAUGUAAAGGCUAAUAUAUCAUAUGUACAGUUGGGUGUGAAUGAGAGGGAGCAAAAAGGAAGAGGGAGUAACUUAACCCUAACUAUGGCAUCUUACGAUCUAAUUCACGUGUGUGAUACAAUGUAUUAUUACAGUAAUAAAAGUGAAGUGAUGUAAUUGAAGAAAUGAAAGAGUGGCUAUAGGAAGCAUAUGCUAAUGUAAUUAUGUAACCACCAGGGGUGGCAACCGGAGGUACACCCACGCUCCGAUCAGGGUAAAAAUCAGUAACUCGAUGGGUAAUCUAUAACAAAACAUUGCAACUGCUCUUCACCUGUAGUGCUGCGCUAGUCGAAGGAACUUGUGAAAACAAUCAGCAGACGAAGGGCUGAUUUAUCCCUACACACGAUAUAUUACAAGAGUAUAGAGAUAGAUAUACAAGUUAUAGAUAUAGCAAUAACUUCCUUCUAAAAUGCUAAAGAUGCGGUUUUAAGCACUGAAAUUUGCAGGAAAAAUCGUAUCCCCUAGGUUUUGAUAGCUUUUGCCCCCUACUCGCAAUAUGAAUUUAAACCCCCGCUGGUGAAGGCCCUUAGCCAUCCCCCUACCCCCUUCCCGGCGGGAACCCCCCCUCCCCCCGCCGUUAGUUAUCUUGGCACCUCGUCAGGGACCUUGAACCCCUCCACCAUUGUCAAGCAAUCUCUGAAGCUACCCUUGACCAUGAAACAAAACAUCGAGUUUAAUUAUAAGGGGUUGGGUUUGAUAGAAGUAUGUUACUAGUAACCCCCAAUCAACAUACAAUGAAGCUAUACGGUAAAUAUGUGGUGUCAUGGGUUUUUCCUGUAUUAUGCAUGUCAUAUUAUAUAAAAAAUGGCAUCAUAAAGAAUCUAAACUAUAUAAUACGUUUGUAUAAUUUCUUUUACUUUUGUUUUAUAUAUAUACAAUUGUAUUCCUUGUUGAAUAUAUACUCACAGCUGUGCACUUGAGUAUUUUUGUGUGGGACGAUUUGCAUGUAUACCUGCAAUUUCUGUAACAAUAAAAACGUACACGAAGAAUGAAUAUAGAUGUAUAUGUAA